AUGGGGCACCCUGUGACGAAGACUACGCCUUUGCGGCUCGUGGUGGCCGUGCUUCUUGCGUUUUUGGCUGUCACGGCGUCGGCGUCGGCGCCGGCGAAGGUAAACAUGAGCAGCAGCAGCUCCUGCCGGCGUCUGUUCAGCUUUGGCGACUCGCUGAUCGACACCGGCAACUUCAUACACUACUCCAAGGCGCCGGGCUCCGUGUCGCAGUCGCCCUACGGCGAGACCUUCUUCGGCCGCCCCACCGGCCGCUGGUCCGACGGCCGCCUCAUCGUCGACUUCAUCGUGGACAGGCUGGGGUUCCCGUACUGGCCGGCAUACCUGCAGGCGAAGUCGCCGGCGACGAAGGGCGACUUCCGCUACGGCGCCAACUUCGCAGUGGCCAGCGGCACGGCACUCAACCAGCUCCUCUUUAGGAAGAAGCACCUCAACGUGGACCAGAUCACCCCCUACUCCCUGGGCAUCCAGAUCGGGUGGUUCAAGAAAGUGCUGGCCGCGAUCGCCUCCACCGACGUCCAGCGGCGGGAGAUCAUGGCGAGCUCGCUGUUCCUGGUCGGCGAGAUCGGCGCCAACGACUACAACCACCCCUUCUUCCAGAACAGGACGCUCGGGUUCGUCCGGCCGCUGGUGCCCCGGGUGAUCCGGUCCAUCGCGCUCUCCGUGGAGGCCCUCAUCAAGCUGGGCGCCAAGAACAUCUACGUGCCGGGCAUCUUCCCGCUGGGCUGCGUCCCGCGGUACCUCUACUUCUACCGCGGCGGCGAGCCCGGCGACUACGACUCGGCCGGAUGCCUCCGGUGGCUCAACGGCCUCACCGCGGACCACAACCGCAUGCUCAAGGGCAAGCUCCGCGAGCUCGGCCGCGCCCACCCCGGCGUGUCCAUCACCUACGUGGACUACUACAACGAGGUGCUCAGCCUCAUCACCAGGCCGGCGGUGAACGGGUUCGCCGCGGGGACGGUGCUGCACGCGUGCUGCGGCGGCGGCGGGCCGUACAACGCCAACCUCACCCUCCACUGCUCGGACCCGGGGGUGGUGCCGUGCCCGGACCCGGCCAAGUACGUGUCGUGGGACGGCCUGCACAUGACGGAGGCGGUUUACAAGAUCAUGGCGCGCGGGAUGCUCGACGGCCCCUUCGCCACGCCGUCAAUCAUGUCCAAAUGCAACCACAGUUAGCUGCGCACUAUACAAUACAUCGUGUGCUACAAGGUCGUCUCAUUCGCUUGGGAUUUUUUGGGUUUACAUUUUGCUGCGAACAUCACAUGGUGUGCUGAAUAAUUCUAUUUCUGAAC